UAAAUAUUCGAGCUAGUUUGUUUUUUCAUAAUUUUGCGUGCGCAGGGGGUAUAUGCGUGCAGAGAAUGUUACUUUUCAUGAUUUUUAAACGUUUCAUGAUUUUGCCCGCCCAAAUGCCAUGCAGAGAACGUUACAGAUUUGAAACUUUUCACCCUCGGGUUUUGCACGAAGCCUUGCACGAAUUCCGUAUUCCGAAAUUCGUGCAAGCUUAUAAUACCGUAUAGCACUGCACGAUGUUCGGCUGAAUAAAGCGAUGGAAAUAACAUAUCCCGUUUUCUUAAAUUCGUGUAAGCAUAUAAUACCAUAGCAUUACAGCUUGGUCUCACAUUACACGCUGGUACAGCGGCAAACGCUCCGAAAAUUAAGUUUCUCUGUCUCAAGUGCUGUGUUAUAAGUUAUCAAUAUUAAACAGUUGUUUUCGUAUUAUAUUAUACUUUUAGAUCAGAUCAGUAUAAGAAUAAUAGAAACUAACGAAGUAUAAAAACUCACUAUGACAAUUUUUCCAUUGGCGGCUGUUUUUGCUUUUGUAGUCGUCGUUGAGAUUCAAGGCCAGGGUUCUCGUCACGUGAUUCUAUCAUGCGGAAAUGACGACACAGCACAGAAGGGAGAACCAGGGUUUCCUGGUAAGCGGGGACCAUCGGGUGAAAGGGGGUUGCAAGGUCCUGUGGGACCAAAAGGUGACGUAGGUCAAUGUGAUCCGACUUGUAGAACGAAAUACAACCAACUGAGUGAGAGGAUGCAAAGGUUGGAAAGAUAUGUUGAAGAAUGUAAGUUCGGUGAUCUUGUGAACAGCAUUUUGUUCGAAUUUUAUAAUAUAACUUUGCCCACAACUGUCUCAGCUUCGCCAACAACUGUUUCAGCUUCGCCAAAAACUGUCUCAGCUUCGCCAUUAACUCAGCUUCAACCCAGAUUCGCAAAUUGCAAGCAGGCAUUAAAUUUGGGUUUUAAUGAAAGUGGAAUCCAUUCCAUAGUCAACCCGAGGCGGAGGAACGGUCAACGUAUGGAGGUUUACUGCGAUCAAACAACAGACAACGGAGGUUGGUUGUUUUUCCAACGAAGAACUGACGGUUCUGAAAACUUCUAUCGAACUUGGGCAGAAUAUCAAGAGAAAUUCGGAAAUCUAAGCAACGAAUUUUGGCUUGGGGGGGGAUUAGAAAACCUGCACGCUUUAACGUCGAAUGGAAGUUACGAGCUGAGGGUGGAAUUAGAAGAUUGUGAGAAUGAUAGAAGAUACGCCAAAUACAGUUCAUUCGCAAUUGGGUCGAGUGAGCAACAAUAUACGUUGACGGUGUCUGGAUAUUCGGGAAACGCAGGGGAUUCGUUACGUCUACACAAUGGUAGCAGGUUCACAACAUUUGAUCGUGACCAUGAUGAAUGGAGUGGUAACUGUGCCGUGGAUUAUCAUGGUGCUUGGUGGUAUCGUGGUUGUUAUCAUUCCAACUUAAACGGGGAAUAUCUAAACUGUCAAACCGACAGCUACAGAGCUGCAAGUUGGCAUCAGUUCCGCGGACAUCGAUAUUCCCUUAAAUUUAUAGAGAUGAAGUUCAGACCCAUUUGAGCGUCAUUUACCAUGCGAUAACUUUAACUUCAUGUAUAUAUGCAACUAAUAUUACCGCAGGUUAUCGCAUAUGGCUUAAAAAUAAAUUAAUCACUAUCAAACUUCUUUUUUAAUAUUUGAGAACUUAACUAGUUAUACGCAUUGGCGGGAAUUGAAAAAUCACGUGUUUGUACCAGGUUGGUGAACUAUAUU